UCGUCAUUCGCAAAUUCCAACAAAGUUUAUACUUCUAUUUCUGUUUCCCAGCUGCAUAUCCAAUAUCCAACAGCCCCCAAGCAGACGACCCACUGCAUCCUGUGAGCGUCAAGAGUUUAGUUUUCGGGAUUUGGAGCCAGACAGCUCGGACAGACAGCGUAAAUCAGCAGCAGCAUGGCAUCCGGCACCACACUGCAGAAGGCCAUAGAUCUGGUGACCAAGGCCACCGAGGAGGAUCGCAACAAGAACUAUGCAGAGGCACUGCGCCUCUAUGAGCAUGGCGUAGAGUACUUUCUGCAUACGAUUAAGUACGAGGCGCAGGGCGAGAAGGCCAAAGACUCGAUCAGAGCCAAGUGUCUGCAGUAUUUGGAUCGGGCCGAGAAGCUCAAGGAGUACCUGAAGAAGGGCAAGAAGAAACCGAUAAAGGAGGGCGACGAGUCCAGCUCCAAGGAUGACAAGGACAAGAAGAGCGACAGCGAUGACGAGGACGAUGACCCGGAAAAGAAGAAGCUGCAGGCCAAGCUAGAGGGAGCGAUUGUCAUCGAGAAGCCGCAGGUACAAUGGUCCGAUGUGGCCGGUCUGGAUGCUGCCAAGGAGGCCCUCAAAGAGGCCGUCAUCUUGCCCAUAAAGUUCCCACAGCUGUUCACCGGCAAGCGCAUACCCUGGAAGGGCAUCCUCCUGUUCGGCCCACCCGGUACGGGCAAGUCCUACCUAGCGAAGGCAGUGGCCACCGAGGCCAACAGGUCUACAUUCUUCUCCGUCUCCAGCUCUGACCUGAUGUCAAAAUGGCUGGGCGAGUCCGAGAAGCUGGUCAAGAAUCUCUUCGAGCUGGCUCGCCAGCACAAGCCAUCGAUCAUAUUCAUCGACGAGAUCGACUCCAUGUGCUCAGCCCGUUCCGACAACGAGAACGACAGUGUGCGCCGCAUCAAGACCGAGUUCCUGGUGCAGAUGCAGGGCGUGGGCAACGACACUGACGGCAUCCUGGUCCUGGGCGCCACCAAUAUACCCUGGGUACUCGACUCUGCCAUCCGACGACGUUUCGAGAAGCGCAUUUACAUUCCGCUGCCGGAGGCGCAUGCCCGCCUUGUCAUGUUCAAGAUACACUUGGGCAACACCACACACGUCCUCACCGAACAGGAUCUCAAGGAGCUGGCUGGCAAAACCGAAGGAUACUCGGGCGCGGAUAUCUCGAUUGUGGUGCGCGAUGCACUGAUGGAGCCCGUGCGAAAGGUGCAAACAGCCACGCACUUCAAGAAGGUGACGGGACCCAGUCCCACGAAUAAGGACGAGACCGUCGAUGACCUGCUUAUCCCAUGCUCUCCAGGCGAUGCGGGCGCCGUCGAAAUGAACUGGAUGGAUGUGCCCAGCGACAAGCUCUUCGAGCCGGCCGUAACAAUGCGCGACAUGUUGAAGUCGCUGUCGCGCACGAAACCCACAGUCAACGAUGAUGAUCUGAAGAAGCUACGCAAAUUCACAGAGGACUUUGGACAGGAGGGUUAGAGUCUCCGCCCACACUCCAGCACCAUCAGCUAAUUCUAAUUGUUGCCUAUUGCAUAAAUUCAACACACACGUUUUCUUCGGGCUCUCCAUUACCUGUUCUUUUUUUUUGUACGAUAAACGAUAUGCGAGCUAUAUAUGUUCGGUUAAACUUAAUUCAAAUUUCAAUGCGAUUGCAGGAGAAAGAAGGAAAGAGAGAGAAAGGGAGAGUAAGGGAGUGCAAGAGCAGAGAGAUGGCUAUCACCAGAAGCAGCCUGAUGUUGUUGUAAUCACAAAGUCAAUGUAUUUUUGUACUCGUAAUAUUAAGCAAUAGAAGAGAGAUCCAUCCCCCAUGCCACGCCCGAUGUACACGACGAACGUUACGUGUUUGACAGUGUGUGUUCUGCCCGUAUAUGCAUGUGUGGAUGCCCCAUACCGCAGAAGUGAUCAGCAAAUGAAGAAAUAAAAGUAGUGAACGAAGCCAACCAAUUCAAGCAACCAAGCAAACCUAAUUCAAAUGUAACUUAUGAGUAAUAAACGAAAAGUGUAUACUGUA